AUGGCCCAAAAACAUGGCCCCAUCAUGCUUCUCCACCUCGGCAGCGUCCCCACCGUCGUCGUCUCUUCACCGGACAUAGCCCGCGAGAUCAUCCGAACUCACGACCUAAACUUCUCCAACCGGCCAGAGCUCAAGGCCAUGAGGAAGCUGCUCUACGGCAGCAGAGACGUGGGCUCUGCGCAACACGGCGAAUACUGGAGGCAGAUGAGAAGCAUCUUCGUCCUGCAGAUGCUGAGCAGCAAAAGGGUACAAUCCUUCGGUUCAAUAAGGGAAGAAGAAACAGCCCUUUUGGUGAAGAGGAUUGAGGAGUGUUCAGGGCCGGUGUAUUUGAGCAAGAUGAUGGCGGAGACGAACGCUGACGCGGCUUUUAGAUCGACCUUCGGUGGGAAAUACAGUGAGAGUGAAAAUGGGAAGAAGUUCCCGGGGUUGAUGAGGGAGUACAUGGAUCUUAUUGGAACUGCUGAGAUUGGUGAUUUUAUUCCUUGGCUUGGAUGGAUUGGUCGUGUUAAUGGUUUUGAUAAGAGGCUUGAUGACGCUGCGAAGCGGAUGGAUGAGGUUUUUGAUGUGAUUUCAGCUCAAUCUUAG